CAGUGCUGGCGACCGGGCGUAUAUAUAGGACACAGUGGCAGUCUCAUCAGAAGCAUCAACUCCUCGCAAAUUCAAACAAGUUUCGGUUUCAACCGAGUGGUAGUGUUUGGAAUUGGAAGUAGCAGCACCGCCCUUCUUGUUCAUGGCUGCCAUGGCGGCCUCCGUCCUCUGCAUGGCCCUUGUCGCCCUCACCGCGGCGGCUUCCGUCGGUGAGGCAGCCGUCGUCGAGCACACCUUUGUUGUGCACGAGAUGAACGUGACGCACCUGUGCAACACGACCAAGAUCUACGUGGUGAACGGGCAGUUCCCGGGCCCGACGCUCGACGUCACCGACGGCGACACGGUGGUCGUCCGCGUCGUCAACCGGCUGGACCACGGCCUGACCAUCCACUGGCACGGCGUGCGGCAGAUCCGGAGCUGCUGGGCCGACGGCGCCGGGUUCGUCACCGAGUGCCCCAUCCCUCCCGGCGGCGACCACACCUACCGCUUCAACCUCACCGGCCAGGUCGGCACGCUCUGGUGGCACGCCCACGUCACCUGCCUCCGCGCCACCAUCAAUGGCGCCAUCAUCAUCCGCCCCAAGGACGGCAGGUACCCGUUCCCGACCCCCGCCAGGGAGGUGCCCGUACUGAUCGGCGAGUGGUGGCAGCUCGACCUCAUCGAGCUCGACCGGAGGAUGGCCGACGGCAACUUCGACGACAACCCGCUGUCGGCCACCAUCAACGGGAAGCUCGGCGACCUCAGCAACUGCUCCGGCGCGCCGGAGGAGAGCUUCGUGCUCGACGUGGAGCGCGGCGAGAGCUACCUGCUGCGGAUCAUCAACACGGCGCUCUUCUCCGAGUACUACUUCAAGGUGGCCGGGCACACGUUCACGGUGGUCGGCGCCGAUGGCAACUACCUGACGCCGUUCGAGACGGACAUGAUCACCGUCGCGCCGGGCGAGGCCAUCGAUGUGCUGAUGACCGCCGACGCCCCGCCAGCACACUACCACAUGAUCGCGCUCGCCAACCAGCCGCCGGAGCCCGACCCGCAGAUCCCUGUGUUCAUCUCCCGCGGCCUCGUCCGGUACGCCGGUGUGCGCGGCGAUAACAACGGCCUCCCCGUGCCGGCGCCGCUCAUGCCCAGCCAGCACAACACCAUGCCGUCCUACUACUUCCACGGCAACCUCACCGGGCUCGCGUACCCGGGGCGCCACCGCGUCCCGAUGCACGUCGACGAGCGCUUCUUCAUCACGCUCGGCCUCGGCUCCCUUUGCCGCGGCGGCAAGAAGGUGUGCAAGCGCCGCCGCAGCAACGAGACCAUCGUGGUGGCCACCAUGAACAACGUCUCCUUCCACCACCCCACCACCACAUCGCUGCUGGAGCGCUACUACGACAGCACGGGCGAGGGCGUGUACACGGAGGACUUCCCGGAGAACCCGCCGCAUCCCUACAACUACACCAACAGGGACCUGAUCCCGCCGGGGCCGCUGGAGGAGGCGCUGGAGCCGACGUUCAAGGCCACCAAGCUCCGGCGGUUCAAGUACAACACGUCGGUGGAGAUCGUGUUCCAGAGCACGGCGCUGCUGCAGAGCGACUCCAACCCCAUGCAUCUCCAUGGGUACGACUUCUUCGUGCUCGCGCAAGGGCUCGGCAACUUCAACCCCAAGAGGGAUGUCAAGAAGUUCAACUACCACAACCCGCAGCUGAGGAACACCGUGCAGGUUCCCAGGACCGGAUGGGCUGCAGUCCGCUUCGUCACAGACAAUCCAGGGAUGUGGUACUUGCAUUGCCACUUUGAGUUUCACAUUGUGAUGGGCAUGGCGACGGCAUUCAUCGUGGAGAAUGGGCCGACACCCGAGACGAGCCUCCCUCCACCGCCGCCUGAAUUCAAGAGAUGUGGCGCCAAUGGUCUCACUCAACCAUAGAGUUCUUGAAACAGCAACAAAGAAAUUGAGCCAAUAAAAAUUAUAUAAAAAUAAAGACGGAGGUAUCGGCAUUGUCCACAGUAUUAUUGCCCGUCAACAGUCAUUCUUGUGAUCUUGUCAGAGAUGUAAUUUUUUUAUUUAGUAUUUAAAUUGCAUGAAGAAAUGAGUGUAACUCUGUCCUUAAUUGGAAUUAUCAAUAUGGCA